ACUGAGGUGAACAUCUUAUCUUAAAGAAAUAAAAAGGAGUAUGUGUAGCUAGUUUCUUGACAUAUGGUAACCUUUUCAUUCCGGUUAAAAAAUGCUCAUUAUGAUUAACAAAAAUUUUUUGUUAUCCACUUGGUGAAAGUGGAUUUAAAGUUGAGUCGUUGAUAAGUUUACAAUGAAAAAUAAAAUAAACUGAAUAUUAAGUGUUGAUGGCAAAUAAUAUUGGUAAAUCACAACAAAAGAAGAACUUCUAUAAUUCUUAUUUUACGAAAAACAUAAAACAAUCAGUGAAGUUAAAUUUCUCAAAAAUAAUUUGAAAAUUAACUUCGUUUUACUUAAAUUAACAUAAUUAAAUUUCAAUUAAGGAAUAAAAACAAAAGUGUACACAAUUAAAAAUUCUAUGUUUAUGAAUGAAACAUAUCAAAAAACGAUCGCAGAACACAAGUUAGAAUUAAAAGGAGAAUUGUAGCUCACAACUAAAUAAUGUGUUCUGCUAUUAGCAUUGCCCUCUUAUAUUGGUUUAUUUUCUAUACCGCUAAUUUACCUCAGUGUUGUGGGCACGGACGACUGAUUGAACCGCCUAGUAGAGCGACAGCAUGGCGAUACGGAUUUCAGACGCCACCUAAUUACAAUGAUCACGAAUUAUAUUGCGGUGGAUUUACACGUCAAUGGAAGCAAAACAAUGGCAAAUGCGGUGAGUGCGGGGACGCAUGGGAUUUACCUAAGCCAAGACCACAUGAGUCCGGUGGUUUUUGGGGAAAAGGAGUAAUCGUAAGGAAAUACUCAUCAGAAUCUGUUAUGCUUAUUCGUGUUGAACUCACAGCUAGUCACAUGGGAUAUUUUGAGUUUCGCAUUUGCUCACAACCAUAUGAGCAGCAGGAGUGUUUCGAUCAACAUUUAUUGAAAGUAGAGUCAGGAUUUCCGAGUCAAUCAAUAUCAACUGAUCUUGAAACUAGAUUUUAUCCGAGAAAUGGCAGUUUAAUAUAUAAUGUUAAAGUCCAACUUCCUAAAGGUUUGAACUGUAAUCAUUGUGUGUUGCAAUGGCGUUAUAUAGCUGGCAAUAACUGGGGUAUUUGUCCGGAUGGAAAUGGAGCUGUAGGCUGUGGACCACAAGAAGAGUUUCGCGCCUGCUCUGACAUCGUUAUAAAUGAUCCCGAAUACAAACCGGAUUCUCCGUCCAAACCAAGGGCAACAGAAAGUCCAAAACACGGACAGACACCAACCAAAGAACAUUUCGAUGAAUUUAAUUUUAUCAAAUUGAUGAUUUCAUUAAUUUUGCUAGUAAUUUUGUUUAUAACAGUAGGCGUUGGGUUUUUGUUUAGAGCGAAAAUUACACGUUAUGUCAAAACCAAUUUGUAUACCAGACUACGGAAAGCCCACCCGUUCUCAUUAAGUAAUAUUGCGUCUAAGCCGGAACCAUCUUUAAGGACUAUCUCGUCUUCUAUGGAAGGUAAAACUUCAAAUUCUGCUGAAAUUAAGUCUAGUUUGACGGCACCAAUACCGCCACCAAGAUCAAAAAGGAACCUUCAUGUUGAGAAUAAUCACUCAUUUACUCAAUCUUCAAAUUUAGAAAUAUAAAAAUUAAAUAAAGUAUAUAAUUUAUAAAAUAAAGUUAAAAGAUAUAUAAUCAAAAUAUUAAAUUUUCAAUUAUGACAAAUUUUUAAGUUUAUUAUGUGAUGGUGAAAUCAAAUAUAUUUGCUCAUCAUAAAAGAAUACACCGCAAAAUUUAGUAUUUAAAGAUAUGUGAUUUGUUUAUUUUAAUUUUUUGGGAUCUUAAUGAUAUCAGAAUAAGUUAAAAACUGGCAACAUUUCAUGCCUUAAAAAAAAGUUUUAGUCAUAGCCUUAUGACUUAAAACUAAAUCAAUUCAACAAAGAAAUAAAAAAAACUUAUAUGUAUAACAUGAACAGAAGUUUAUUGAAAUUAUUGUAGUAAAUAGUAUUGUAACAUCGGUCCAGGGAAAAUAUUUGCUUGGCGUUGUUUAUAAUUCUAUGUAAUUAAGGCUUAAUUAAAUAUAUACUGUUUAAGAAUUCCUUACAUAUUUUCAAUUGUCUUGCGAAAAGAAGUGCAAGGGUGAUCGUUUACCUCCAAGAGAAGUAGAUUGGAAAUUUAAUUAUUGUGAGAACUGAUUUUUUAAAGCAUUUUAUAUUAGUUUGAAAUUACUGUAAGAACCGAUUUUACCCAAUAAAUAUUUAUUACAUACCGUUUAACAUAUCAUUAAUUAAUUUAUUUCAUUUAUAUACAUACGUAUAUAUGUAUAUAUACGAGUACAUGUGCAUAAAGGUGUUUGUCAUUAUAAAAAUAAAUCCAACAUAAAAAUGACUUUUUAAUAUUAGGAUAUUCGAAAAUAUGUAUUUUACAAUAUCAAUUUGGAAUAAAUUUAAUGUACAUAAAUGUAUUAAAGAAAUUCCUUAAUUUUUCAAUAUAUGCUUUUAGUAAUCUGUACCUCGCGUGGUAUAAGGGUUACUCUAUUGCUUGAUUCGGUACUGUCGGAACAU